GCAAAACCAGCUCUGGCUCUCCCGACAAGAAAUAGUUUAUUUUUUCCAAAACAUAUGUAAUAUAACAUCAAUCUUUCAGAACAAAAUCCGCUGUAAAAUGUUCCCAUAUUUCAGUUUCAAGUUUCUUGCCCGAGUUCAGCUGCCAACACAUAUGGACCUCCAUUUUUGAAUGCAUUCUAAAAAGCUUUAAAGUUUUCACUUUUCUCUUUUACCUCUUGCAUCGGUCCGAUUUCUCCACACGCAUUGUGGUUUGUGGCCUCGUCUCCUCUGUCGAGAGAUACGUGGUUUCCGUCAAAGGUGAACAAAGGCCACUAUAAACCUACAGUUUACCGGCAUUAGUUGUACGUCAAACAUCUCCUACCAAGCUAUGGCCUGCACAUCAAUGGUUGUCCCUACCUCUCACGCUACUGCAGUGGCCAAAAAAGAUGGAUGUAAAGAAGAGAUUGAUGGGCUCCGUCGAUCAAAUUCGGGCGUUAAUCUUCAUAAGCGAGUUGGCAUUCAAAGGUCUUAUUCGGAUAACCACCUUUGUUACUAUACCAAUAGGAUAGUUGCUGCGUCAACAAAAUCAACCCUCAAGACUAGCCGUUCUUUCGGAAUUCUCCCACCGUUACCAUUUCGAAUAUCUGGUUCCAUGAUCCCAAACUCCGUUAGAUCAUUUUUGUUCGAUCCGGAGACGAGUAAGGAUUUGAGUGGGGUGGGAAAGGAUGUGAAUGUUAUUGAUGGGAACUCGAAGGGAAACGAUGAUGAAGAGAAGGAAAUAAAGAGAGCGAAUUGGUUGAAUAGGUUGCUGGAGAUUCAAAGUAGCUUUAAACAUAAACAAGUAGAAGAGGGUGUGGAAGGAGCUGGAAUAUAUGAUGAGAAUGAAAAUGGAGAUGAUGGUGGCUGUGAAGUGAACUACGAUUCUGAAGAUGAAGGCGGUGAAGUGAAAUAUGACCGUGAUUCUUUCUCCAAAUUAUUGGUUCACGUGCCAUGGUCUGAUACCAAGGUGAUUUCUCAGCUGGCCUUCUUGUGCAACAUGGCUUAUGUGAUACCGUCAAUUAAGGAAAAGGAUUUAAGAAAAUAUUAUGGUCUACGGUUCGUAACAUCGUCCCUAGAAAAGAAAGCAAAAGCAGCUAAAAUCAAAGCAAAAUUGGACCAGGAUUCUACUCGUGUACCUAUCGCUGAAACUUCUGAAUCCGAGUCAAAGAAAGUUGAGAGUAAAGAAUGGAAGCACCCAAUCCGCAUAUCUGUUGUGUAUGAGAUUGCUGCUUCAGCUGCAUGCUAUGUUCAGUCACAGGCAAAGGGCCUUUUGUCCCCUGGCUCUAAGUCACAGGAGGAGGAGGAUGACAUGAAUUCGUGUAGAAUUUCAGAGCAGCCAGAAAUUGAGGGAGAGAAUUCACCUCCUCGAGUAUAUAACUCAGAGGUGGCUGCUCUCAUGGCGGCAGAAGCAAUGACCGCUGUGGUUAGAGCCGGGGAAAAGGAAAAGCAAGAGACAGCAAAGGAUCUACAGUCAUUACACUCAUCGCCUUGCGAAUGGUUUGUUUGUGACGACUUAAACACAUACACCCGCUGUUUUGUAAUUCAGGGGUCAGACUCUCUAGCGUCAUGGCAGGCGAACCUUUUAUUUGAGCCUACUGAAUUUGAGGGAACUGGUGUGCUAGUUCAUAGAGGAAUUUAUGAAGCUGCAAAGGGGAUAUAUGAACAAUUCAUUCCAGAAAUUAUGGACCAUCUGAAGAGGCAUGGACACCGUGCGAAGCUUCAAUUUACCGGUCACUCUCUUGGGGGUAGUCUUUCUCUUUUAGUUAACUUGAUGUUGUUGGCUAGGAAGGUUGUCAAGCCAUCUGCUCUUCGACCUGUUGUCACUUUUGGUUCACCGUUUGUGUUUUGUGGGGGCCAAAGGAUUCUAGAUGAACUGGGGCUAGAUGACAACCAUGUUCAUUGUGUAAUGAUGCACCGAGACAUUGUCCCUAGAGCCUUUUCCUGCAAGUAUCCGAACCAUGUGGCGGUCGUCCUCAAGCGUUUGCCUGGUUCCCUCCGGUCUCACCCCUGUUUGCUUAAAAAUAAACUUUUGUAUACUCCACUUGGGAAACAAUUCAUUCUCCAACCAAGUGUGAAGUCAUCUCCUCCACACCCUCUAAUCCCACCGGGAAAUGCUCUUUAUGCUUUGGACAAAACACAUUCCGAAUACUCCAUGCAGGCACUUAUGGCCUUCCUUAAUUGUCCACAUCCACUGGACACCCUCGGUGAUCUUACGGCAUAUGGCUCGGACGGUACUAUUUUAAGAGACCAUGACUCCAGCAACUACUUGAAAGCAGUUAAUGGGGUCCUAAGGCUACAAAAGAUGGCCAACCGGUGUUCGAGGAUGGAUACAAGCUUAUUAUGGCCACUGCUUAAUUCACCAUCUCCUCACUCAUGGAGUCAUGAUAGAAGUUUAGAGAACAUCCUUCUAUCAAAUAAAGAGAUAAUGAGCGGGGUGUGAAAACUCUCAAUCCUUCUCUCUAUGGUUUGACUUUUUCUUCUUCUUCUUCUUUUGUUUUCACCAUAAUGUUAUGGCAACACACAUAAAGGAAGGAGAAACAAAACAACCCUUGUACAUGCACUGAACUUGGUGACUUUUGCUGGGUCUAAUGUCAUAUAAUGGGCUAAUAGCCUAAUACCGUUUAGUAUUAAUAGAUUGUUAAUGUUUUAGC